AUGACGCAAGUACUACGACAAAAAUAUCUUAGCGUAUCGAGAGACCAGGUGAUGGUGUUAUUGAGAGAGCUUGAUCCUGAAGGGUGUGCAUCUCGUCAAAGCAGGCGGUUGACUCGGCGUAUCUACAGAUGCCCAGACCCUAAUGGCACAUGGCAUAUCGAUGGUUACGAUAAACUGAAGCCGUUUGGCUUUUGCAUCAGUGGGUGUAUCGAUGGUUAUUCCAGGCGUGUUAUGUUCUUGGAAGUUGCUGCCAGUAAUAAUGAUCCA